AUGUACUUGUACUUUCCACGCAGAACCAAAAAAAGAGAAGGAGGCUGGAACCGGACCGGUAAAAGAGUUCUCCUUUUCCAGGUUACUCUGGAUGAAGUCUUUUUCUCCUUAACUUUUUCGCUACUCUUUAUUGUUUCAGAUGAAGAGGAAGCCACCACGCCUAGCGCCUUGCCACCAGGUGUGGGUAGUCGGGCCCUGGAGAGAAAAGAUUCAGAAUGGUCUAUAGGGGAAUCGCCUGUCACCGAGGAACAAGACAAGCAGAAUGCCAAUUCUCAGUUGUCUACCCUGUUCAUUGAAAAACCCCAGUCAGGAGAAGUGAAAGUUGGUGAGACUAUUACCUUUAUAGCCAAAGUCAAGGCUGAAGAUCUUCUUAGAAAACCCACUAUCAAAUGGUUCAAAGGGAAAUGGAUGGACCUGGCUAGCAAAGCUGGGAAGCAUCUCCAACUGAAGGAAACUUUUGAAAGGCACAGUCGGGUGUACACAUUUGAGAUGCAGAUCAUCCAGGCCAAAGAGAACUAUGCAGGAAACUACAGAUGCGAGGUCACCUAUAAGGAUAAGUUUGACAGCUGUUCAUUCGACCUUGAAGUGCAUGAAUCCACCGAGACAACUCCAAACAUUGACAUCAGAUCUGCUUUCAAGAGAAGUGGUGAAGGUCAAGACGAUGCAGGGGAACUUGACUUUAGUGGUCUCCUGAAACGUAGGGAGGUGAAGCAGCAGGAGGAACAGCCGGAGGUUGACGUGUGGGAGCUGCUGAAGAACGCGAAGCCCAGUGAGUACGAGAAGAUCGCCUUCCAGUACGGCAUCACCGACCUCCGUGGCAUGCUCAGGAGGCUGAAGCGCAUGCGCAGAGUGGAGAAGAAGAGCAGAGCUUUUGCAAGAAUUCUUGAUCCUGCAUAUCAGGUUGAUAAAGGAGGCAGAGUACGGUUUGUUGUGGAACUGGCAGAUCCAAAGUUGGAGGUGAAGUGGUAUAAAAAUGGUCAAGAAAUUCGACCCACUACAAAGUACAUCUUUGAACACAAAGGAUGCGAAAGAAUCAUGUUCAUCAAUAACUGUACACUGGCAGAUGAUGCGGAAUAUUACGUGACAGCUGGCGAUGAGAAGUGUUCCACUGAACUCUUUGUAAGAGAGCCUCCAGUUUUGGUGACCAAACAGCUGGAAGAUACACAUACUUACUGUGGGGAGAGAGUGGAAUUAGAAUGUGAGGUGUCUGAAGACGAUGCCCAUGUAAAAUGGUUUAAGGAUGGUGAGGAGAUCUACCUUGGUCCAAAAUCAAGAUAUAGAGUUAAAGUUGAUGGCAAAAAACACAUUUUGAUCAUAGAAGGAGCGACUAAGGCUGACAUUGCAGAAUACUCAGUCAUGACAACAGGAGGACAGUCAUCUGCUAAACUUCAUGUUGGCUUGAAACCCCUGAAGGUAUUGACGCCUCUGACUGAUCAGACUGUAAACCUUGGACAAGAAAUCUGCUUGAAGUGUGAAAUCUCUGAAAACAUAACAGGAAAAUGGACUAAAAAUGGUCUACCUGUUCAGGAGAGUGACCGUCUUAAGAUUAUUCACAAAGGAAGAAUACACAAGUUAGUGAUAGCCAAUUCUCUCGUUGAGGAUGAAGGUGAUUAUGUGUUUUCACCAGAAGCCUACCCUAUUACUUUGCCUGCCAAAGUCCAUGUUGUUGACCCUCCAAGAAUCAACCUGGAUGGUCUUGAUGCUGACAAUACGGUGAUAGUAGUUGCAGGAAGCAAGCUUCGUCUUGAGAUCCCAAUCAGUGGAGAACCACCUCCAAAAGCCAUUUGGAGCCGAGCAGAUAAGGCUAUUAUGGAGGGCAGUGGCCGGAUAAGGGCAGAAUCUUACCCGGACAGCAGCACAUUGGUCAUUGACAUAGCUGAAAGGGAAGACUCUGGUGUUUACAACAUACAUCUGAAAAACGAAGCUGGAGAAGCAAAUGCAAGCAUCAAGAUUAAAGUUGUGGACAUCCCUGAUCCUCCAGUGGCACCCAGUGUGAAAGAAGUAGGAGAUGAUUGGUGCAUCAUGAACUGGGAUCCUCCUCUCUAUGAUGGGGGGAGCCCAAUCUUAGGAUACUUUAUUGAGAGAAAAAAGAAACAAAGCUCCAGGUGGAUGAGGCUGAAUUUUGAUCUCUGCAAAGAAACAACUUUUGAGCCCAAGAAGAUGAUUGAAGGUGUGGCCUACGAGGUCCGCAUCUUUGCUGUCAAUGCGGUUGGCAUGUCCAAGCCCAGUAUGCCCUCCAGGCCUUUUGUUCCUUUGGCUGUAACCAGUGCUCCCACUCUUCUGGCUGUUGACUGUGUAACUGACAACUCUGUCACAAUGAAAUGGCGGCCCCCAGACCAGAUUGGAGCAGCAGGUUUAGAUGGCUAUGUAUUAGAGUAUUGCUAUGAAGGAAGUGACAACUGGCUAACUGCAAACAAAGAACUAAUUGACAAGACCAAGUUCACCAUCACAGAUCUGCCCACAGAUGCAAAGAUAUACGUGCGCGUGAAGGCUAUAAAUGCCGCCGGCGCCAGUGAGCCCAAGUACUACUCACAGCCUAUUCUCGUAAGACAAAUCAUAGAGCCUCCAAAGAUUCGUAUCCCAAGGCACCUGAAACAAACCUACAUCCGCAGAGUUGGAGAAGCCAUCAAUCUGGUUAUACCUUUCCAGGGAAAACCAAAACCAGAAUUAGUUUGGAAGAAGGAUGGUGUGGAAAUUGAUAAGAAUCAAAUAAAUAUUCGCAACUCUGAGACUGAUACAAUCAUAUUUAUCAGAAAAGCGGAGAGGAGCCACUCUGGGAAGUAUGAGCUGCAUGUCAAAGUGGAAAAACUCAUAGAAACGGCGACGAUAGACAUCCAGGUCGUUGACCGUCCUGGCCCACCUCAACUUGUGAAGAUUGAAGAUGUCUGGGGAGAGAAUGUUGCUCUCACAUGGUUACCACCAAGGGAUGAUGGGAAUGCUACCAUCACAGGGUACACGAUCCAGAAGGCUGACAAGAAGAGCAUGGAAUGGUUCACUGUCAUUGAACAUUAUCACCGAACCAGUGCCACCAUUACUGAACUGGUAAUAGGAAAUGAAUAUUAUUUCCGGGUCUUUGCUGAAAACAUGUGCGGCCUCAGUGAGGAUGCAACAAUGACUAAAGAGAGCGCCAUGAUCGCCAAGGACGGUAAAGUCUACAAGAAUCCAGUGUACGAUGACUUCGAUUUCACUGAGGCUCCCAUGUUUACUCAGCCUUUGGUUAACACCUACGCUGUAGCUGGCUACAAUGCCACCCUGAACUGCAGUGUGAGAGGAAAUCCUAAGCCCAAAAUAACCUGGAUGAAAAACAAAGUUACUAUUGUGGAUGACCCACGAUACAGAAUGUUCAGCAACCAGGGCGUCUGCACCCUGGAGAUUCGCAAGCCCAGCCCCUAUGAUGGUGGCACCUACAGCUGCAGAGCAGUCAAUGAUCUGGGGGCAGUGGAGAUGGACUGCAAACUGGAGGUGAAAGUGAUAUAUCAAGGAGUAAAUACCCCUGGACAACCAGUCUUCCUGGAGGGGCAGCAACAGGUUUAAAAAGUUCAUAUCCCACUGGAUAUUUCUACCUUCUGUUCCAUUCCUCUUACAUGAAAACGCAUUUUGCAUGUAAAGCUUGACUUUCUCAUUUGCUUUUAAUUGUAUUUCUUAGCAGCUCAUGGCAUACGGUAUUUAUGCCAUGGAUAAGGAAGGCCAAAUUAUUCAAGGAUAUUAAGUAAUUUAGGGACCAAAUUUUGUCAGAAAACUAAGUACUUGACUGUAAAGCUAGAAAGCUAUAUUUAGGCAUGAUCUCAUUUUUUGCGUAAGGCUAUCAAAACCAGGGAAUGAAUGACAUUUCUUUAAGAUGUUCAUUUUUCACAUGUAGAGGGAUACAGUCUUCCUUUAAGGCAGUUUCCAGUGUAGUUCCUUAGAAUCACGUUGAAACUCGGAAAACUGAACAUUUUUAAGUCGCUAAGUUUAAGAAAAAGUAUUCUGGGUAUUUUUGAUGGGAACAGGACACAAAAAUAUAUUUACUCUUUGGAAACUUUCACAUUUAAGACUUUACAAUUACAGAUUAACUAGUAGCAUGUUUGUAAUGCAUCUAUCUGUUGGACAUUUUCAUGGGACUGAAAUUUUUUCACAUAUUUAUGAACCUAGUUAAAAGACCAGAAAUCUCUAGGUCCUGUUACAAAAUGUAUAAAGCUAAAAUUAGUCCUAUCAUAUGUAUAUAAUUCACACCCAUUUGGAAGAGCAAAUUAAAGAGUUCUUUCAGGCUGGGUGAACAACCCCAUGUAAACUCUAAUGAAGUAGAUCCAUGCCUCAGUUUACAGUGUUUGCUCUCUGAGUUCUCCAAGAUGAUGUCAGUUUUCCAACAAGGAAUUAGAGCUCUCUUUAGAGUUUUGUAGAUUAUAUAUGUAAUCACUUCGUAGCCUAAAUUUGUUUAAGCCUUGUGUUUUAGAUCAGUUAUGUAUAAUCAGAUUAGAAUACAGUGUUAUAGAAUACUAGUUUAAUAUUUAGAUCUACUUGAUAAUUUUGCCUUUUAGAAUUUCAACAUAUAUAUAUGUACACUAACGCUUUGUCUAUUGUCUAUGUUUUUCUUUUGUUGAAAAACACAAUAUAUAUAUGUUGUAGGCUUUUGUUUCCCCCCUCCUUAAGCUAAUGGUUUGGAAGCUCUUACCAUAAAUAUUCACCGUACAAUCAAAUUGGCUCUGCCACCCGCUUAGACACAGUGGGGUAGAAACCAAUUUAUUGUGGUUGUGCAUAUUAAUAAAUUGUUUACAUAUUAAUGUUCCUUCUGAAGUGACUGGAUUCCUGCCCUUCACUCCAUGUGCUUCUCUUUUCCUACACCUUUCACAUGACUAAGGAUUAAUGAAAUCACCUCAUCAUAAUCGUGACUGUAAUUUCAUCCAACAAGUACUCAACUUUGGUGUUAGCACUUGUAUUAAUGCUUACAACUUCUCUCUCUCUCUCCCCCUCUCUUCCUUGGUUGUAGCACAUUAAGGAUUUUUGAAUGUAUAUUGUCAUCUAAGGUAAGCUUUCAUAUGGUUUUGGCAUAUGAAGCUUAUGACUGUCAUAAGCCAUACAAAGCCUGUGGAGUAUGGCAUGAUUUUCAUUAUGGAAUCCAAUGAAAAUAGAGUCUUUAAAAUCGCUAACUUUGUAGCUUUAAUUUGUAUUUCAGUAUCUUGAUAUUAACGGCUAGUACUUUUUCCUCACGACAAUCUCCUGUUGACAUGAAGCAAGUUG